CCCGUCCGACCACUCGCUAGAACGGGAGCUCCCCCAAAACCCUCGCCCGCCGCGCCGCCGCAUAAACCCCUUCUCCUCCUUCCCUCCCGCCGCCGCGGCGACAACCAUCUGACUGCGCGGGCCAUGGCGCCCGCCCCUGCCCCCAUUCGGGACCUCCUCACAUCCUUCAGCCCCGCCGCCGAUUUCCUCGCCCUCUCCUCCGGCGACGGCCGCAUCAAGGUAUGGGACGCCGUGCGCGGCAGCUUGCAGACGGAGUUCGCAGACAUCCCAGCGGUGGAGGUCGGCGCGGUCCCCGAGACGAAGCGCGGCCACCUCGCCCUCGAUUACACAUGCAUGAAGUGGGUACAGCUCUCGGGCAAGAAGAAGCGGAAGGCUGGGAGUUCGCUGCUCGUGCUUGGGACGGGCAGUGGGGAUGUCCUUGCCCUCGAUGUUGCUGCAGGGCAGUGGAAGUGGAGGAUCAACGAUUGUCAUCCUGGGGGUGUGACGGCUGUAGCAUACUCGAGGCACGGGCGGAGUGUGUACUCAGCAGGCGCUGAUGGCAUGGUCUGUAGGAUUGAUUCCUCUGAUGGGUCAGUUGCAGGGAAAUUCAAAUCUUCCUCGAAAGCAAUAUCUGCGCUGGCGGUGUCACCAGAUGGAAAUAUUUUAGCAACAGCAGCUGGCCAGUUGAGAACCUUUGAUGCUUCUGACAAUAAGAAGGUUCAGAAAUUCUCAGGGCAUCCAGUGGCUGUGAGGAGCAUGACUUUUAGUGACAACGGCAAAUAUAUUCUGUCAUCCGGAGUUGGGGAACGCUACGUUGCCAUUUGGAAGUUGGGCAGUGGUAAAGCUCAGAGCUCGAACUGUAUACUCUCUAUGGAACACCCAGCAAUCUUUGUGGACUGUAAAUGUUCAGAUACGGAUGCUACUGAUGGAGAAAUACAUGUGUUGGCUAUUUCUGAGGUUGGAAUAUGCUAUUUCUGGUCUGGUAAUAACAUGAAUGACCUGCGUAAUAAGAAGCCUACUAAGAUUGCAUUGUCAGAAUCCUCUCUUUCAAGAGCUAAGCAGCCUUUCACGAUAUUUGCUGCAAAACUUAAAGGAAUAGAUGGACCUGACUCUGCACAUGUCCUGCUGGCUUAUGGAUCUGUGGUGAAACCAUCUUUCGAUAAGCUUUUGGUUUCUUAUGGAAAGGAUAUUGAUUUGGGUGUAUCUGAGGAUGGAGUUCUAUUACCUACAAUUCAACCCACCGUGCCCCAGAAAGGUCAAUCUGCUAAAACGAGAGGAACUAUCACUGCUCUAGACCGGGCAAAUGCAGAAGAUGCCAUCCUUCCUCUUCCGAAGCUCCAUACACAUGAAAAGAAAAGGAAACAUGGUACAGAACCGAGUGGUGACAUUAAGCCUGCGAUUCUUAGUAACCUUGGUACCACCACAAGAACCGAGAAAAGAGUUCCUGUGCAAAGAAUUGAAGAUGACAGUAUAUGCAUCGAAGACAUGAUGAGGGAGUGUGGUGUCAUUGAUCAGAAUAUUCAGGGUCAUCCUGACAUGCCCACUAAAAUCUUGUCAGAUCUGUUUGGUAGCAGCAGCAUGACAGUUGAGGCAAAUUUACCCAGCAAGAAGAUUCGAUCACAUCUGAGAUCUUUGAGGCCUGAAGAUUCCUGCAAAUUUCUAGAGAAUCUAGUAUCUGCAUGGAGAACAAGGUGUGGUAGCGCCGAGAUUGUUUUGCGGUGGAUAUAUUGCUUGUUAGUUAUUCAUGGUCGUCUUAUCCCCUCAGAGAAAUCAACAAAACUAAUUAGCGACCUGGAGAAGAUGUGUGCAGAAAGAUAUGCAGCAACUGAAGAUUUACUGAAGCUUUCUGGUCGCCUUCGGCUGAUAAUGGCUCAGGUUGACAAGGAUGCAAAAGAUGUAUCAGACAAGGUGCGGGGUUCUGCUCCAGCCCAGUCUGAUGAAGAGGAGGAAGAAGAAAUUGACGAACUGGUGUACGGUGAAGACGUGGAUUUAUCUGAAAAUAGUGGUGAUGAUGCUGAAUAGAAACGCCUCCCACACAGCAUUCUUGCUAUGUAUGUCUUAUUGUGUUUCUAGUUUUAUUGGCCAUAGUCAAGUUUGUAGAACUAAGCAACACCGAAAGGUUGCACAUAAUUUUGACACCAGGAGGUCUGGAAGGAACUUCUUAAUUGUAUCUCUUCCCCUUCCUUUGCCUUUUCUGGCAUUGAGUGAUCGAUCCAAAGCUUAUAUUCCGUGGUUUACUUUUUA